UUGAAUCACUUCCUGACUAAGCCCUGCCAAAGCGGGAAAGUACUUCAGAAGUUACUUUUCCAAGUCCUGCAAGACAAGAGGCUAUUUUAAGAGGUUGGAGGUGCGUUUAUUUCGGCCAGAAAAUUGAGUUAUGGAGCAAGACCGCUGCAACGCAGCUCCCGUGCAGAAUGGGUCUGAGGCUGCAGCCCCCUGCACGAAAAGAGACGACUACCUGGAGUGGCCUGAAUAUUUCAUGGCUGUUGCAUUCCUGUCAGCUCAAAGAAGCAAGGAUCCAAGCUCUCAGGUCGGGGCCUGCAUUGUGAGCCCCGAAAACAAAAUUGUGGGCAUCGGCUAUAAUGGAAUGCCUAAUGGAUGCAACGAUGACCUGCUUCCCUGGAAUCGGACCGCGGCGAACAGGCUGGAUACCAAAUACCCUUACGUGUGCCACGCGGAGCUGAAUGCAAUUAUGAACAAGAACUCAGCUGACGUGAAGGGGUGCACGAUGUACGUUGCCUUGUUCCCCUGUAACGAAUGCGCAAAACUCAUCAUCCAAGCAGGUGAGGAACUGACUGUGUCAGCUUUGGCAGAUUUCUAAUGCAGCGUGAUUUUA